AUGUUCAAAAAAUCUAAAGUGGCGGAUGUGUCGGCCACUGGCCAAGUGGGGAUCAAGAAAAAAUCUAGCGUCCCCGGGGUGAUGAUAACACAGUAUAUCGAGGAGCUGCCAGAGGGAAAGACCCAUCCAGACUUCACCCGCAAACCAAUUGCUUUGACCAUCCAAGAGGGCAAAUUUGCUUAUUUUAAAGCAAUUGUCACUGGAGACCCACAGCCGACAGUAACAUGGAGCAGAAAUAAUGGAGAUGUGUCUGACACAGCAAGAUAUCAAACUAAAUACGACCCCAUUACUAAUGACCAUACAUUUGAGAUGCCAAAUGUUAUGCCGGAUCAGGCUGAUACCUAUAAAUGCUUUGCUAAAAAUGAAUUUGGUCAAGCCGUGGUCACAGUUGUCCUGAAUGUGAUUGCAGUUGGUUUCAAUAAGAACGCUGCCCAGAAACCAGCAGCUGAGGCCAUCAAUGGGAAUUUUAAGAAUGUACUCAAAAGGAAAAGUAAGGUCCGUCCGAAAUCUGAACAACCUGAGAGAAAAGAUGGGGAGAUCGAUCCCAAAUUUUGGGAGCUUUUACUUAGCGCUACAAAGAAGGACUAUGAGGCGAUUUGUGCAGAGUUUGGAAUAACUGACUUUCGCUGGAUGCUCAAGAAGCUUAAUGAAAUUAAGAAAGAAAGGGAGGAAGAACAAGCUGAGUUCAUCAAAAACUUGUCCAACCUGAAACCAAUGCAGUUCAGUUCAGACUCUUCUGCAUCCUUUGAGAUAGAUAUGGACCUUAUUGAUCCAAGCAGCUCCGUAUUCAUAUACAAGGAUGGUGUAAUGGUUCCUUAUACAAAGGACAUGGGAGAACAGAUGAAGCACACCCUUAAACAAGUGGGGAGAAAGUUUAUUUUCAGCAUGAAGGACCUUUUGCCAGACGAUGCUGGACUGUACCAGUUGGAUGUAGAGGGGGUGAAUAUGUUUUCCACAGAUUUUAAAAUCCCCAUGGUGGAUUUCUUGGUGAAAAUUCAGGAAGUGAAGGCAGUAGAGAGACAAGAUGCUGUUUUUGAGUGUGUCCUGUCAAAUCCCUUCUCCAAUACAUUGUGGUUUGGCAAGAAUUUGCCACUGGAACAGGGGGAUAAAUAUGAUAUCCUGGUUUCAGAUGACAAGCUCAUUCACACACUGGUGGUCAAAGACUGCAUGAUUGUAGACAAAGGAAUUUAUUCAGUCUGCGCGGGAAUCAAGUCUUGCAAUGCCUGGCUUGUUGUUGAAGCCGAUAAAGAUGCUCAAAAGGGAAAAAAAUCAGUAAGGAAAACAACAAAGGCAGGAGGAUCAGGGAUGGACCUGAAGAAGGUAGCCGAAGAGCAGCAGACGAAAUUAGUAAAGGACAGAGAGGAAAUAAAAGAACAGAUUAAAGCUGCUGCAGCUGCACCUCCACCUCCACCCCCAGCUGCACCAGAGCCUGAACCUGAGGCACCCAAAGACCCUGAGCCGGAAAUCGUGAAGGAACCAGAUCCACCCGUGGUAGAGGAAGUAAAACCUGAGCCUGUAAUUACCUGCACGCUGUCUGACGUCUAUGUUCUUCGUGGAAAUCCGGCUGACUUAACAGUGAAGAUCGACAUUGACUGCGACAGCUCCUGGUUCAAAGAUGGAGAGCAGUUAAACUCAGGUUCUGAGGUCAAAAUAACCAAAGAUGGAACCUCUCACAACCUGUCGAUUCGAAGCUGCAGUGAGGACGACUCAGGACUUUAUCGUUUUGAAACAGGGAGUGUCAGUACACAAGGAAAAGUCACUGUUGGAGUCGUACCUGAAUUUGACCCAGAUGACCUUCACAAAUUCUCCAAACCUGUGAUCGUAAGAGUGGGGCAGAACGCUGCCUUCAAGAUGCCCUUGACUCCUCAGGAGGGUUUGGUGGUUAGUUGGUUCAAGGAUGGCGCUGAGCUCAAUGACGGAGGAGGAGUAAAGAUCGUGAGGGAGCCCAAUCACAGCCGGCUGCUGCUCAGAGACUGCCUGCGGACAGACGCGGGGGAAAUAAAGAUCCAGCUCAAAAACCCAUUUGGGGCUGUGGAGGCCACAUCUAGGCUUAUUGUGCUUGAUCGACCAGGUCCACCGGAGGGUCCAGUGGAAGUUGUUGAAAGCACGUCAACCAUGAUUGAGAUUCAAUGGAACCCUCCCAAAGACGAUGGCUGCUCCCCUGUCACCAACUAUCUUAUAGAGCGUCAGCAGGAAGGGCAAAGUCACUGGAUGAAACUUGGCGAUGUCUUAGCUGACAAGACCUCCUUCAGAGAUAGGAAUGUGGUUCAUGGGAAGAUAUACAACUACCGCAUCUACGCAGAAAACCCACAGGGCGUCAGCGACUCCCUGGAGACGGCUGAUAGCAUUAUGGCUGGAAUAUUGAUUCUCUCCGGUCCACCCGGUGCCCCCACAGUGGUGAGUGCCACCAAGACCUGCAUCACGUUGAACUGGACCCCUCCUGAGGACGACAGAGGAGUACCAAUCAUCGGUUACCAAUUGGAGAAACGAAAGAAGGAUACAAAUCAGUGGAUUGCCCUGAAUGCAGUUAAUGAACCUAUUGAAGAUGUGAACUACGCAGUGAAAGAUGUUACUGAGGGAGCAGAGUAUGAGUUCAGGGUUGCAGCGAUCAAUGAGUCAGGAGCGGGAGAUCCAAGUCCCCCCUCUGAAAUGGUGUGUGCAAAGAAUCCCAACAUGAGACCUUGUUUUAAAGACCCAGAGGACUUCAUUGUUGUCAGAGCAGGAAACUCUGUACGUGUGAACAUUUGCUAUGAGGGUGAACCUCCACCUCAGAUCACUUGGUUGAGGAAUGAUGAGCCAAUAUCCCCGUGGAUUAGUGUCAUCAAUACAGAGGGAAUGUCUCAGCUUGUUAUUCCCUCAUCAAAGCGCUCAGAUUCAGCCAUCUACACUAUCCAUGCCAAAAACUCAGUUGGUGAAGCUUCAUUUGACAUUGAGGUUAGAGUCACAGAUGAACCCAAGUCUCCAGGGCCAGUGGAGCUGGAGCAAACAGUCCAGGACAAAGUGAUGAUUUCAUGGGCUCCAUCUCCAGACCAGGAGCUGGACGACCGCCUGUACUACAUGGUGUCUCAACACGACUCUAACACCAGAGUGUGGCGGAAUAUAGCAGAUCGCCUCUUCACUAACACAUACACAGCCAGCAAAAUCUAUCCUGGGAGAGAGUACCAUUUCCGGGUCUACGCCAAGAAUGACAUGGGACUCUCAGAUCCAUCCGAGUCUCCCACAUGGGGUGCCAACAGCAACAGAGUUCCAGUAUCUUCAUAUGGAGUUGUUUCGUCAGAGAUCAGCUUUGAGAGGCCUCCAUCUAUCUUGGUUCCUCUGAAAGUCCACACACCACCUAAAGGCUACCAACUUUACAUGACAUGUGCCGUCAGAGGAUGCCCUCGACCCACUGUAGCCUGGUACCUGAACGACGUCUGCAUCAACUCAGAUAAAAACUACUACAUCACCAACUCAUGUGGUGUGUGCUCCAUUUACAUUCUCAGAGUAAGAUCAAUAGACAGCGGAGAUUACAGAGUUGUUGCACUCAACUCACUUGGACAAGCAGAGUGUUCUACGAAACUUAUUGUGAGAGAAUAA